AAAGCUGUUGUUGAAGAAAGCAAAAAUAAAUAUUUAACGGAUAUUCAAACUACUGCAAUGCGACGCGUCGUUAUUUGGCUAUUACUAGCCACAGGCUACGCUCUUUUAGAGCAUACUGCAGCUGGUAAUAUUGGUGCCAAACAGAUAAUGAAUUCCGGAACCCAAAUCGCCGGUAGCAAUAAUGCCGUUACUAGCCUUUUGAAUGUGAACCCUCAGGCGGGCGUGGCCGUCAAUGCCUUGAAUUCGGUAACUCAAACGGGUAGUGGUGCAGCUGGUGCAGGCAGGAAUAACAUUGGCUCCGGCCAAGUUAUGAACACCGGCGCCCUCAUCAAAGGCAGCGGAAACACAGUCAGUAGUUUGUUGAAUGUGAAUCCUCAAGUGAAUGCGGACGUCAACGCGUUAAAUACCGUUAAGCAACAAGCUACUGCUGCGGCCGGAGGUGUUGCUUCGACCGGUAAUAAUAUUGGAGGUAGACAGAUACAAUCAGCAGGCGCUAGUAUUGUUGGUGAUGGGAACACAGUUUCGAGUCUCGCCAACGUCAAUCCACAAGUUAAUGCUGGUGUAAAUCUUUUGAACACUGUUACACAGACUGCAUCUGGAGUAGCUGGCGGUGGAUUACUAGGCGGAAUAGGAGGUGCUGGCAAUAAUAUCGGCGGCAAGCAAGUCAUGGACCAAGGCACCAGUAUACUGGGUAGUGGUAAUCAAGUCUUUAGUCUGCUAAAUGUAAACCCUCAAGUGAACGCCGAUGUGAAUGCUUUGAAUACGGUGAAACAAGAAGUUGUUGGUGGUGGUGCUGGAUCUAUCGGGUCGGGGCAACAAACUGUGACCCAUAUUGCUCGCGGUUCCGGUAAUACAGUAACAAAUACUGGCCAGCUCAAUCAACAAGUGAGCGCAUGCGUAAACUUCAUUAAUGCGAUCUCACAAUCCGCUCAUACCGCACCAGUUAGUGAAAAGAUUGCUGGUCACGCAGUUGGGGCUUCUAAUAAUAUUGGAGGUCAGCAAGUCAGUAAUUCCGGCGCCAAAAUAGUUGGUGACAAAAAUGUGGUCUCCAGCUUAAUUAAUGUGGAUCCACAAAUCGGUCUUGGUCUAAAUCUUUUGAAUCAAGUUACACAAACGGUUUCCGGUGUAACAGGCGGCGGUGUUGGUGGUAGUGCUGGCGGAAAAAGUGGUGGUCUUUUGGGCGGUGCAGUUAAUAGUGUAGGUGGUGGUGGCAAUAAUAUCGGUGGCAAGCAAGUCAAAACCACAGGCGCUCGCGUAGUCGGCGAUGGCAACACUGUUUCGAGUCUCGCGAAUGUCAAUCCGCAAGUAAAUGCUGGUGUAAACCUGCUAAACACAGUUACUCAAACCGUUUCAGGAGCCACAGGUGGAGCAGGUGGUGCUAAAAGUGGUGGACUAUUAGGUGGUGUACUGGGUGGACUCGGCGGCGCAACCAACAAUAUUGGUGGCAAGCAAACUAUGGACACUGGUACCAGUAUUGUAGGUAGUGGCAACACGGUUUCCAGCUUACUGAACCUCAAUCCCCAAGUGAACGCUGAUGUCAAUGCCUUAAAUGCUGUGCAGCAACAAGCGACUGGUGUGACUGGCGUAACCGGUGGUGUAGUAAAAUCUGGGAAACAAGGCGUAGCUGGUCGACCGGUUCUGGUGGCUGGAGGUGCUGGAAAUAAUAUUGGAGCCACUCAACAACAAUCCACAGGAGCGCGCAUUGUUGGCGACAGGAAUACUGUUUCAAGUCUUGCGAAUGUCAAUCCACAAAUUAAUGCAGGCGUAAAUCUACUUAAUACCGUUACGCAGACAGUAUCCGGUGCAGCAGGCAGUGGAGGUGCGGGAAAAAGCGGUGGGUUAUUAGGUGGCGUACUAGGUGGACUUGGUGGAGCAACCAACAAUAUUGGUGGCAAACAAAUUAUGGACACUGGUACCAGUAUUGUAGGCAGUGGCAAUACGGUUUCCAGCUUACUGAACCUCAAUCCCCAAGUGAACGCUGAUGUCAAUGCUCUAAAUGCUGUGCAGCAGCAAGCGACUGGUGUGACUGGCGUAACCGGUGGCGCCGCCAAGACAGGUAAUCUUGCUGGUGCAAGUCGUCCUGUUGCUGGAGGUGCUGGAAAUAAUAAUAUUGGUGGUAGCCAACUCCAAUCCACAGGAGCUCGCAUAGUCGGCGAUGGCAACACGGUCUCGAGUCUCGCGAAUGUCAAUCCGCAAGUAAAUGCUGGCGUAAAUCUGCUAAGCACAGUUACGCAAACCGUUUCUGGAGCCACGGGGGGAUCAGGUGGUGGACUUCUAGGAGGUGUUCUUGGUGGAAUCGGUGGUGCUACGAACAAUGUUGGUGGCAGACAAGUCAUGGAUACAGGCAGUACCAUACAAGGAAGUAACAACCAGGUUUUCAGCCUUUUGAAUCUUAAUCCCCAAGUGAACGCAGAUGUUAAUGCGCUAAACGCUGUCAGUCAGAAAGCGACUGGUCUGGGAGCUUUUACAGGAGCUGCAGGCGGCGGUAGUCGUGCUACAGGAGCAGGUGGUGCUAAAGCAACAGGAUUAGGGCGUGUUGGAAACAAUAUCGGAGGCAGUCAAGUUCAAUCAACUGGAGCUCGCAUAGUCGGCGAUGGUAACACUGUUUCGAGUCUCGCGAAUGUCAAUCCGCAAGUAAAUGCUGGUGUAAACCUGCUAAACACAGUUACUCAAACCGUUUCUGGAGCCACGGGUGGUUCGGGUGCUGGUAAAAGCGGUGGACUAUUAGGUGGUGUACUGGGUGGACUCGGUGGAACAACCAACAAUAUUGGUGGCAAGCAAAUGAUGGACACCGGCACCAGUAUUGUAGGCAGUGGCAACACGGUUUCCAGCCUACUGAACCUCAAUCCCCAAGUGAACGCUGACGUGAAUGCCUUAAAUGCUGUUAAACAGCAAGCGACUGGUGUGACGGGCGUAACCGGUGGUGCAGCCAAGGCAGGCAGCGUAAGUCGCCCUACAGUAUCCGGGGGUGUUGGAAAUAAUAUUGGCGGCACUCAAUCACAAUCGACAGGAGCUCGCAUUGUAGGCGAUGGCAAUACGGUUUCGAGUCUCGCUAAUGUGAAUCCACAAGUUAAUGCUGGCGUAAAUCUUCUUAAUACUGUUACACAAACCGUUUCUGGAGCCACAGGCAGUAGAGGUGCGAGCAAAAGUAGUGGUCUAUUGGGUGGUGUGCUUGGUGGGCUCGGUGGUGGAGCCAAUAAUAUUGGUGGCAGGCAAGCCAUGGAUACAGGGACACGCAUUGUAGGCGAUGGCAAUACGGUUUCGAGUCUCGCGAAUGUGAAUCCACAAGUGAACGCUGAUGUGAAUCUAUUAAACUCGGUUACACAAACAGUUACUGGUGCAAGUGGUGGUGGCGGUUCAGGUGGUGGCUUAUUAGGAGGCUUACUCGGCGGCUUGGGCGGUGCGACCAACAAUAUCGGUGGCAAGCAAGUCAUGGAUGCAGGCACCAGCAUACUUGGCAGUGGUAAUACCGUUAGCAGCUUACUGAAUGUUAAUCCACAAGUGAAUGCCGAUGUCAAUGCCUUGAAUGUGGUGAAUCAGCAAGCCAGUGGCGUAGAACGCGUCAUUGGUGGUGACACCAGUUCUGCAGGUGGUGUGCAACCUGCAGUAGCAGGCAGACCAGUGCGGCCAGGAAGCGCUGGAGCCGCUGGCAAUAAUAUUGGUGGCAGUCAAACACAAAACAGCGGGACCGUGAUUCAGGGGUCAGGUAACGAGGUGUUCACCUUGGCCGACGUGGCACCACAACUUGAUCUCAACAUUGACUUACUCAAUGCGGUGACGCAAACCGGUUCUGGAGGUGGAAGCGGAGGCGGAUUACUUGGUGGCUUACUGGGUGGUGGCGGCAGUGGCAGUAAUAUCGGCAGUAGACAGCAAAUCAAUGAUGCUACCGUUAUUCGUGGUGACAACAAUAAGGUAAGCACUUUGGCCAAAGUUAAGCCACAAGUGGGUGUGAAUUUGCAAGUGCUCAAUCAAGUCGAGCAGCUUACCGGUCUUGUAGGCGACAUUUUGCAAGAUCCAUCUAGUGUGACGAAUAUAUUGUUGCCCGGUUCGGAUGGUGAAAUGGACUGUGGUGAGAACAAUAUCGGCAAUGUGCAGGAGCGCAUAUCCGGUGCUGAUAUUGUUGGCAACAAUAAUGAAGUCUUCACCGGGGUUGACAUAAGUCCACAAAUUAAUGCCGAUCUGAAUAUCUUGAAUAGUGUAAGGCAAAGAGUGCAUUGCAAGCCGAGAAUUAAACCAACCACUCCGCCGCCAACCCUUCCACCAACUUUGCCGCCUACUUUACCUCCUACUCUUCCACCAACUUUGCCGCCAACUUUACCUCCAACACUUCCACCAACUUUGCCGCCAACUUUACCUCCAACUUUACCACCAACUCUACCCCCAACACUUCCACCGACCUUACCACCAACUCUUCCACCAACUUUGCCUCCAACUUUACCUCCAACACUUCCACCAACUUUGCCGCCAACUUUACCUCCAACUUUACCACCAACUCUUCCACCAACUUUACCACCAACUCUUCCACCAACUUUGCCUCCAACUUUGCCUCCAACUCUUCCACCCACUUUGCCUCCCACUUUACCACCAACUCUCCCUCCGACUUUACCUCCUACUCAACCACCAACCUUGCCACCAACAAUACCACCAUAUCCUCCAUUGCCGCCAUUGCCACCAUAUCCCAUAUAUCCAGUUUAUCCGCCAUAUCCAGAAUAUCCCACAUAUCCACCUACACAUUUGCCAUACUAUGGGCCACAUGCACCAAAAGUACCAACGCCAGUUCCAAUUCCAAUUGAACCACCACAAACACCGUCGACUAAUUGCUUCGAAAUAACCGAUUUUGAUGUCGACGGCACGAAAGGAAAAACACGUGUAGUAUGUGUGCCGAAGCCAGCAGUUUCACCGCAGAAUCCUUCACCCCAAAUAUUAGUCUUACCUCCUGCAGUACCACGCCCAGCGCCAAGAACACGUUGCUAUCGUCGGCGUUGCAACAAGUGGAGCACAUCGAAAGGUGCUGAGGAGUGUUGUAAUGAAAAUCAUUCUCAUCAUGCUGCACCAGUUGCUCCAACAUCGACUCCAAUUCAACAUUCGCCACAGCAAUCACAGCCAUCGGAUUACGUGAAAUCGGCACAACCUGUGCAGAUAAGACUUGAUCACUUCUAUCCUUAAAAUAAUGUAUCGAUAAUAUAGACACUCUUUGAUAAUAAAUGAU